AUGCUGGGCCCGAUAUUUUCAGCUUUGCGUGCAGCCGCACAAGCACGGCUUAAGCCAUACCCUGUAGAGCGACUGACUCAAGUCUAUUGUAUUCGUAGCGCUUACCGAUCGUUCACACAUACACCCACGCUCCAGCGGCAGCGAAAGAAGGCGCCGUUCACCCCAUCCAGGGAACAGAAGAGGGUCGCAAAACUCUGCCGUACGAAGAAUGUCGUCGUUUCGGCCCGACCUGGCUCAGGCAAAACCACUACAGCUGAAGCCAUCAUCGCGGCCCACCCGGAUUUGAGAGUACUUGUACUCACUUACUCAAAGCGACUUCAGCUGGAAACCCUUCGACGCCUUCGACGCUACCCCAACUGCGAGGUCUACACUUUUCACGCCAUGGCCGGCAAGCUUUUUGGGACCGUUAUACGCGACGACGCUGCUCUGUCAGAGGAGAGACGACGAGUCCUGGGUCGUAACGAACUUCCCAGAUGGAGCCCUGCGCCUUUCGACAUCAUUGUGUUGGACGAGUUCCAGGACUGCACCGAGCUCCUCUUUUGGUUGGCGAACUGCUUCAUACUGGCCAACAAUCAGAAGAUGGGUGGCGAACCCGCCCGUAUUGUCGUCCUGGGUGACGAAAGACAGUCCAUCUACGGAUUCCGCGGUGCUGACGACCGCUACCUUACUUUGGCUUCUGAACUACUGCGUCCUAUCAGUCCAUAUCCGUUUUCCAAGGCUCAGUUGAGCGAAAGCUUUCGCUUGUCGAUACAGUCAGUUCGGUUCAUAAACGAAGUUUUCCUUGGAGGCGAAUCAUGCAUCACAAGUACCAAGACAGGCCCCAAACCCAUUGUUCUGAGAUGCCACUCCUAUGACACCCAUGCAUUGGCGAAGCAGCUGUGGGCGUUAGUCAAGCGCCAUGGGGCUCAGAAUACUGCCAUCCUAGCGCCUGCUGUGCGAAAGCGAGGACCAGUUCAAGACGUGGUCAACGUCUUGUCCAAGAAGUACGGUGUACCAAUCGCCGUAUCAAUCGACGACGAAGUCCCUUUGGAUGACAGAGUCAUCGAAGGGAAGAUGUGUGUUUCCACCAUCCACCAGUUCAAAGGCAGCGAACGUGAUCUCGUGAUCUUGUUUGGGAUGGAUUCCUCGUUCUUUGAGUUUUUCGGUCGCAACCUCCCGGAUGAUCGAUGCCCCAACGAGGUUUUUGUUGCUUUGACCCGUGCCAGGGAACAGCUCGUCUUGGUUCACCACAACAGCCAGAAGUUGAUGCCUUUUGUCUCUGCUCAAGCUCUAUAUGAGACAGCGGAUGUCAUUGACAUGACAACAGAGCAGGGUAGAAUACGGCCUGUCAUUAUCGCCAAGUAG